UCUUUUCCUUCUCAGACCUUUGGUUUCUUUCUAUUUCCCCGUCUGAUUCCCUCCACCGCUCGGCCACGAACACCUCUGGGCGUGGUUGUAUGAUGUAACUUUGACAUCAUCGAUGCAUGAGCCAAGACGAAAAGAAUGAAACGCCCUAAACAAUGUUUAACAAACUCAAAUGCAUGCAGAAUUUUUGUAGAGAUAAAAGUUUCAUUGCACAUGAGCUAAUCUGAUUCAUAAAGCCUUUAUGAAUGCUAAAUGAUGAAAAGUGUCAUUGAAGCUGUGAUCGAUCAUUUCAUGAAAGGGUAAAGGUCAGUGUGUUAGCAUGAAUCAUAAUAUUGAAUUAAUAUUGUGCAUGGGUUCAUACACGUAUACGAGUGUUACACAUGUGAUUGUUCUUAAACAGGAGGUCGAUUCUGUCCGAGAGCCGAGACGUUCGUGGACUGAUCCGAUGACCGUUAACUGAUCAAGAGCGCUUCUCUAAAGCGUGAAAAACAUUACGGCCCUCACAUACACACACUGUAUAAAAAGGGACCAGAUCUUUAUUCAUUUCAUGAUAAAACUUCUAGCUUUAUUUUUCAGUAUGCAUCAUGAGUAUACAAUAAGACAUGCAGUAGUGUAGUAUACGUACAGGCUGAAGACUCUCCUACUGUUUGUUAAGGGUUUUAUAUGACGGUUUACUCUGUGGCAUGUUAAUGAUUUUUAUUGGCUGUGUUUGGGGGUCUUUGAGGUCAUCGGGGUCACUGUGCGAGUCACUGGGUCUUUAGUCGAGUGUAUUUAUAGAAAUGCUUGGCUGGCCGCCGCUGUGACGCACCAAUGAUGUUCAUGUUUCCCUUAUGGCAAACCAUCUGUUAACCGGUUGGACGAGGAUCCUGCGUUUUCUUGUGCGUCGGGGUGCAGUUUAACUUCCUUUCCUCUCUCUCUCUCAUUAAGGUGAAGUUGUUUUAAUUUUGGCGCGUGUCUUUUGAACGUUCCUGUCGUCUGUUAACGUCGCAGUGGAUUGAUCAGGACUGUGGUGGUUUUAAAGAGGCUGCAGUGUCUAAAGGGUUAAUGCAUAAUGUCUCAUGACACUUUUAUGGUGACACAUGGAGAUGUUAAAGACAGCUGCAUGCAUUCAUGUCAGAUAAAUGAAGAGACUGUCGGGGAACAGAAGAGGCUCAGGGCCGAGGUGCAGCGCUAGCGGCUCAAUGCAAAGCGUCAUGCAGCAAGAUGAAAACCUGACGUUAGGCCUCCGUCACAAAGCCAACGCGUCCGUACGAUGUGAGCGAUGGACAGACAGACAGAAGUCAGAGCAGCAGGUGCAGGACCUGAGGGACGGAGUUAAACUUUGCCGUUGGCCGAAGGUGCAGACAAUUGUCCGCGGCAGCAGGCCACCCAAGGACGCCUCCAUCAACGGCCUGCUGGAAGAGUUCGACAACAUCUCUGUGACUCGCUCCAACUCUCUUAGAAAAGAAAGUCCACCUGGGGCUCACCAAGCCGGCACCGACAAACCGCUAUUGGCUUCGGGGGUCAACGCCGGCGGCCCGGAGGAGAACGGCUUCGUUCAUCGUUACGGCCGUUACUCCUGCGACCUGGACGGCAGCAAGGACUUUUCGCCAGACCCCUACCGCGACAAAAACUUCCAAGAUGGGGAGUGGCCGGUCGGACGGCACUACCGUUUCUCUCUCAAACAGAACGGUCAUCCCAUCCGGAGUCCGUUUUACCCCGACGCCAUGCCACAGAAAUCUUCAGACUACGCCAAGAUGCCUCCGGACUACCACGCCUACCUGGAGAGCAAAAUGCGGUUGUCCACGGACGAGAUGACUACGGGUGGCAGAAGGGAAUACUAUCGAGCCUCUCUGGGCGGAUCCAGUCAGGAUUACAGGGAACAGGCGCUCGGAACGCCCUCCCGGGGCUCUGUCCGCAGUGACCAGGCGAACUACCCCGAUGGAGACUGGGGAUACGGAGCGGGUCUCCGGGACGAUUAUGACAAGAGGCCAAAGUCUUCAUACGUCAGUCAGACGAGUCCCCGGCCGGCCAUUCGCCAGCGUUCCAGGUCGGGUUCGGGCCUGCAGGAGCCCAGCCUGCCGUACGGGAUGGGCGUGUUUAAGACUGCAGUGCAGGGGCCGUACGGCUCCUAUACGUACCCGAGACUUUCAGAAAACGCUUCCUCGCUCAUCAUUGGCAAGGUAAAGCAUACGAGAGUUUUAUUUUUACAACAACACUACUGUGUAAUGUCUCUUACUUCUCAUCCUCAUGUUGUUCUAAACCUGUAUGAAUGUAUUUUUUCUGAUGAGCACAAAAGAAGAUAUUUUGAUAAAUGAUGGUAAGCACACAGGGUUAGGGUUAGGGUUAAAGUUAGCAAUCAGCUGUGUGCUUACCAUCAUUUAUCAAUAUCUUCUUUUGUGUUCAUACAGGUUUAGAAGAACACGAGGAUGAGAAAAUGAUGACAGAAUUGUAUUUUCAGGUGAACUGUCCCUUUAAAGCGUUUAAUGGUUAUCUCUGCUGCAGAAAGCCGAGCCUUCAGUGAGUCUGCGUAUCUCUUGCGAUGACGCAUUAUUUUGUUGUUAGAUUUUCUUAGCUUGAUUUUUUGUUAUUAAGGCUUGUUUUUCACAAAAGUACAGUCACAAUAUUGCAUAGAAAUAUAUUUAUUGCUAUGUUUUGUGUUUGAAUUUCAGUCUUUACUCCUGCAGCUCUCUUUGCGUCUCUCGCUUUCUCAAUGUAAAGUAUUAUUGGCAUGAUUGAGUUCAGUUACAGUGUUGCUACUGUAAAGCAUUAUACAUAACAUGAGAAAUAACUAUAAACACACAAUAUCACAGUAACAGCAAACAAUGAGGUGCUGAAUAAACCGUAAUAUAUAUAUAUAAACUAACAUUGAACAUGACAUUAUGAAGAGCAGGAGAUCCUGUAGGUGUGAUGAUGUUUUCUUCUCUUUGUAUUGAUGACACACAGAUUUCCUCUUCUUUUAGGUGUCAUGUUUGUUUGUGUCUGAUGUAUUUGCGGGUCAGACUCUACAGAUCAUUUUGAUUCGUCUCCGUUUUGUGUCUCUACUGACAGAUUGGAUUUUUUUUUGUUUAGGUUACAGUAAGAUUCUUGCUUACUUUCAUUUUUCCAAUGGUCUAAAUAUGAAAUUUCCUUUCUUUUAUGAUUGGUCUCUGUGCCAUCAGCCACAGGGCGUGUAAGGGGUGUUUUAUCUCCGCUAGGACUCUGUGUGAUAGAUCUCAUGUCAGUUCUUAAUCUACUCACC